UGUGUUGACAAAACUGUUGCAGUGCUCAGCCUUCAUAUCACUCUCUUCAUCAUUCUCUCCAUUGAAAUCACCGGUCUUUUUUGCUUUGGUUUACUGAACCUCCUGCAGCCUGCACCAGCUGACUGAUCUGUCUUAGAAGGUUUAAAGGACAUCAGGACAUUUCGGUCAUGGCCAGGAGUCCUGGUUCCCCGAGUCGUGGCAGCCUGAAUCCUGAGGGGAUUCUGAGAGAGAUCCAGAUCAACUUGCUGGAGUGUAAAGUCUGUUUCGAGAAGUUCAGCACUCAGCAGAGGGAGCACAGACCACAGAAUCUUUCCUGUGGCCAUGUACUUUGUCUGGAAUGCAUCAGGGCUCUGUCCCACCCUCUCCUGAGAAAGCUGGAGUGCCCAUUCUGUCGACAGCUGUGCAGUGUUGACAGCACCUCCCACUGCCAGGCUCUUAGUGACCUGCAGGAGCUGCUAUUGUCCCGGAGUCCCACAUCCUCUGCUCCUCUUCACAGGCAAAAGGCAAGCCUUGGCCUGGCCCCAGGUCGGACAUCCACAGCUCUGCACCUCUGCACAGCUUUUGGCGGGUGGGGGACUCUUAUCAAUCCCACUGGGAUAGCUGUUUUGGGAUCUUCAGGAACAAUAAUUGUGGUGCAUGACGGAGAGAAGAGGGUGGCAGUGUUCAAUCCACAGGGCAGGAAGCUGCACAGUUUUGGGCAAAGAGGACGAGCCAGUUGGGAGGUCUGUUACCCAGUGGAUGUGGCAGUGACUCGCUGUGGUCAUGUCGUGGUGACUGAUGCAGGAGAUAAAGCUGUGAAGGUUUUCACCUCCAGGGGACACCACGUGUUGACAGUCAGAAAUUCCCUCCAGAUGCCCUGGGGUGUGGAUAUAGACAGCUGUGGGCACAUCCUGGUCUCAGACGUCCAGGCCGGCACACUGUCCAAGGUAAAAAUGGACUACGCUCACGGUCUCGCUCUGGAGCAUCAAACAGCCAUUUCAGACCUGCAGCAUCCAAAAGCGGUGGCUUGCUGUCGGGUGACUUUGAACACUGCAGUGAUGGAGCAUUUACCUGAUGACAUAUAUUCACCAGGGAGACACCAACACACAAGGCUGAGAGUGUUUACAGAAGACUUCCACCCCCUUUAUCAGACUGACAGUUUCAGCCUGACCCUGCAGUCCACAGUGAGGCUGAACAUGUCAGGCGUGGCCUUUGAUGGAGAUGUGAUUGUGGUUGACUCCAAUCAGGGGAUGGUUUGGAGUUUGGGGAAGCUCCAGAAUGGCCCAGCCCUGACCCCACUUGUGGGAGACCACCUCAUCCGCCCAGUUGGACUGGUGUCACUGAACGACAUGCUUAUCAUUUUGGACAGUGGAGACCAUACAGUGAAGAUGUAUUCAGCUAAAUAUUGAUGCUGGGCCCAUGAUAUACAUGUAGUUUAUCUAUGAACAGUAUUAGAGCAGCCUAUGUGAAAUGAAGCUUAUAUCAUGCAGGGAUGACCUGAUCUGGCAAUACUAAAUUGCUGAAAUUAAAUGAGUGCUAUAGGCUACUGUAUGCUUUGUUUUACACGUUAUAAAAUUAUUUAUGCAACAUUUUGCAAUGAUUAAAGGAAUAAGAAAAGAAAAAAUGCAUACUUGUUACAUAAAACUUAUGUUUGCUGUUUUCUUGUGAAUAACUGGAUAAUUUUACCUUUUGGAGCCACAUAAAGUCCUUCAAAUGAAACCAUCUAAGGUAAAAAAAAUUAUAAAUAAAUAACUCUUGGUUGAAUUGUUCCACAUGGUCAUACACCUCGGAUGAGGGCGUGAACAAAUAGAAAUGACUAUGUCAAAAGAUAGGAAGCUACUGCUAUACAGAGCCCUACAUAGUGGAUUCUGAAGUCAUGUCUUCUGUAUUAUUUAAGUACCUCGAAUUAGGUGUUUGGGGGUAUAUGUGAUAAACUGAUAAACAAAAUAUGUGUAGAUGUAAAUUACAAAUUAGAUACAUUUUUGAUCAAUUAAAGAAAUAGAAAACUAAAAUUGAAACUACUAUUAAUUGUUUGUUAUGCUUUUGUGAUAU